CAGGGGCCGAUCCCUUAACAGUGCACGGGGCUCCGUUCCAGAUCCCUCCCAGGUGCCUCCAUCGCUUAACGCAGCAAGGUACCCGCUGCAUCCCGUUGCAUCCGUUCCGCGCCAGGGCCGCAAUUAUACAGAGAGAUUCGCCAAGUGCGACUGGAGUUUCUCUCAACAUUGGUUCCCCGGUCAGCGGACCGUAAACAUUCUUUUGACCCAACUAAUCUUCUUGGUGCCGUGGGAACCUCGCCAUCACAUGCAGCCAUUACGCGUUCAAAGAAUAUCCUCCGACGUUGACUGCUCCCGCCGACUCACGGGCGACAAAUGGACCGAGACGCGCCUGCGGGUCCGGCCAAACCGGUCCGGUCCCAAAUUCCGGAGGGCGGUGUUGAAGCCGUACAGGGCGGGGGCGACCGGGUCCUUGUGCUCUCGCCGGGGGUGACACUGACCCUUGGCCAGGAUGCUUUGCUCAUGUCUGGCCAGCUUGCCACCAAAUCCAGCCGUUCGUGUAUACCAUGUGCCGGGAUCUCAGGGGCCAGUGGCACACCCGGCAGCAUACCGUAUUACAACAUCCUUUGGGCCGAGAUCGCUGGCGACCACCGGUGGCUCGUGAUCGACUAUGCUGGCCAGACGAGCGCGCAAUCCCUCGAAGUUCGCAGUGCCAAGUUCGCCAUCCCGGAACUUGUUGCUGAGCAGACGCCUGCAGGCGUGGGCGACCAAGUCGCACCGUGGGUUGAUCGACUCUUGGACCGCGUCUACGACGGCUCGGCCCGCCGUAAGCGCGCCUGGGUGUUGGUGAACCCGCAUGCUGGUCCCGGUGGCGCCGAGAAGAUAUGGGAGAAGGAGGUGAAGCCCAUCUUUGAGGCGGCCCGUAUGCCCAUCACCGUAGUCCGCACCGCCUACUCCGGCGAGGCCGUGACCCUAGCUCGCGACUUAAACAUCGAGGACUACGACAUUGCUAUUCCCUGUUCAGGUGACGGCCUGCCACAUGAAGUGUUCAACGGCCUCGCAAAGCGCCCGGAUGCCCGCCGCGCGCUGUCCAAAAUCGCCGUUUGCCAUAUCCCCUGCGGUUCGGGCAACGCCAUGAGCUGCAAUCUCUACGGCACCUACCGGCCAGCCCUAGCGGCCCUAGCCAUCGUCAAGGGUGUACCGACGCCGCUGGACUUGGUCAGUGUCACGCACGGGGGCCAGCGCACUAUUAGCUUCCUCAGCCAGGCGGUGGGAUUGAUUGCAGAGAUUGAUCUAGGCACCGAGUCCAUGCGGUGGAUGGGCGCGACCCGCUUCACCGUCGGUUUCCUCAUGCGGGCCGUUCAGAAAAAGACGUACCCCUGUGACAUUGCCGUCAAGGUUGAGAUCAGUCAUAAGGAUGACGUUAAAAAACACUAUCGGCAACAGGUCGCACAGAGGGAAGUGAGAGCGUCCAAGAAGGCCGAUCAACCGCCAAACGAUGUCGACAAACAGUCCGAGGUCUCGCCUCUUGCCCCUAGCGCUGUCUCCGACGACGAUGGCCUGGGUCUUCCGCCUUUAAAAUACGGCACUGCCGUAGACAAGCUGCCCGAAGGGUGGGAGCUUAUCCCCCAUGAAAAGCUCGGUAGUUUUUACUGUGGUAAUAUGGCUUAUAUGGCACCCGACGCCAAUUUCUUCCCAGCGGCCCUCUCGAAUGACGGUCUCAUGGACCUGAUCACAAAUGAUGGUGAUAUCCCGCUCUUCAAAUCCAUUGGCAUGCAACUAGGCGUCGAGUCCGGUGACUUUUUCGACAACCCGCUCGUGUCUUACCGCAAGAUCUCGGCAUAUCGCAUCAUCCCGCGAAACCAGGAAACGGGUUACAUCAGCAUCGACGGCGAAGCCAUCGACUUUGGGCCCUUCCAGGCCGAGAUUCACCAAGGACUCGGCAUGACUUUAUCCAAGAAGGGCAUCUUCGAGGCGCCAGGUCCUCUCAAUUGGGAUACUGAGACCACUAACGAGCGGCUUUUGGCCUAGAUGUCUUGUUAAGCGGUCGUGGUGCCGUUGUUUUGUCUUGCUUGCUGUUGAUACAAGUACCGAAUAUCCAGUCCGCCUGCCCUAAUGUACUGUGUAUUUUUACUCUCGAAAGUCAGCGCAGUCUCCGUUUUUAGGCGGGAUUUAGAGAGUGGUUGACGGGCAAUUGCGAUGGGAGAGGCAGCGCCUGAGCAACUGGGUGGAUUUGCUCCAAGCAUCUUUAGACAUAAAUAGACCAUCUAUAUUGUAUGAUAAUUG